UGCGGCGAGGCCACCGGCGGGAGGGCGGCAGCCUCUGUACCCGGAGCUUCUCAACCCCAAACCCGGGACUCGGGGGCACUGAGCGGCGCCAGGAGCGGAGGCCGGCCGUGGGAAACAGCCGCCCGGCGCUGCUUGCUCCUUUGCAGACAGCGUUUCCCUCGACUCCGCUUCGGAAGUGUGGUGGGGGUGGUGUGGCCAACGUCGGGAGCUACUCGAAGGCCCGCAUCGAGAGCGAGAAUUCACCUGUGCUUGGCGGCGGCACCCGGGCGUGGAGGGAGCGGCGGCGAGCUCUCGCUCUCGGCACCAUGGGCUGUACGCUGAGCGCCGAGGACAAGGCGGCGGUGGAGCGGAGUAAGAUGAUCGACCGCAACCUCCGCGAGGACGGCGAGAAGGCGGCGCGCGAGGUCAAGCUGCUGCUGCUCGGUGCUGGUGAAUCUGGGAAAAGUACAAUUGUGAAGCAGAUGAAAAUUAUCCAUGAAGCUGGUUAUUCGGAAGAGGAAUGUAAACAGUACAAAGCAGUGGUCUACAGUAACACCAUCCAGUCAAUCAUUGCUAUCAUUAGGGCCAUGGGGAGGUUGAAGAUAGACUUUGGUGACUCAGCUCGGGCGGAUGAUGCUCGACAACUCUUUGUGCUUGCUGGAGCAGCUGAAGAAGGCUUUAUGACUGCAGAACUUGCUGGAGUUAUAAAGAGAUUAUGGAAAGAUAGUGGUGUACAAGCCUGUUUCAACAGAUCCCGAGAGUACCAGCUUAAUGAUUCUGCAGCAUACUAUUUGAAUGACUUGGACAGAAUAGCACAACCAAAUUAUAUCCCAACUCAACAAGAUGUUCUCAGAACUAGAGUGAAAACAACUGGAAUUGUUGAAACCCAUUUUACUUUCAAAGAUCUUCAUUUUAAAAUGUUCGAUGUGGGAGGUCAGAGAUCUGAGCGGAAAAAGUGGAUUCAUUGCUUCGAAGGAGUGACCGCAAUUAUCUUCUGUGUGGCACUGAGUGACUAUGAUCUGGUUCUAGCUGAAGAUGAAGAGAUGAAUCGAAUGCAUGAAAGCAUGAAGUUGUUUGACAGCAUUUGUAACAACAAAUGGUUUACAGAUACAUCUAUUAUACUUUUUCUAAACAAGAAGGAUCUCUUCGAAGAAAAAAUCAAAAAGAGCCCUCUCACUAUAUGCUAUCCAGAAUAUGCAGGAUCAAACACAUAUGAAGAGGCAGCUGCAUAUAUUCAGUGUCAGUUUGAAGACCUCAAUAAAAGAAAGGACACAAAGGAAAUAUACACCCACUUUACAUGUGCCACAGAUACCAAGAAUGUGCAGUUUGUUUUUGAUGCUGUAACAGAUGUCAUCAUUAAAAAUAAUCUAAAAGAUUGUGGUCUUUUCUAAGUUUUGUAGUUAAUGAUGAAAUGCAUUUUCAAACCAAAAGAGUGCUUAUAUAUGGAUCUGUCUAGGCUAGAGUCUUGCAGCAACACAGAAUGUAAUAUAUGGCAAAUGCAUCUGAGACUUGACCCAAGUUGUUCUGUUUUGUUUUUUUAACUGAAAGUAAUAGAAAGACCUUUCCUUAAUGUGAAAGAUGGUCCUGCAGUGUGAAACUGAACGACAAAGCUUGGCUCUAGUAUAUUGUUGAUUUUGGAAUAAGUGUAAAUAUGCAAAUGUAUGUAUACAUGUAUUUAUAACUUUAGUUUUCAACAUUACGUUUACAUUUUAAGAAUGGCAACUUAUGACUCUAGCAUGAUGGCAUUGGAAAUAACAAAUAUUAAGUACCUUGUACUGAGUGACAGACUAUUACUGUGUUUGCCGGUUUAAAAUGGCUUUAUUUAUGUUCAUGUCCUGUAAAUUUUUAAGUAUAGUAAGUAAUAUUGGGAAAUCUGGCAGCCUUUAUUUUGAUUAUAUGUGCACUUGUAUUCAUAAAAAUGUUAUUUGUACAAACAUUGCACAGACUAUUUUGAUAACAUGGUUUGUUCCUUAAAUUUAAUGUGUUUUACUGAAAUGUUCUUAAAAAGGAUGAAUAUAACUGCC